UAUCUCCAACAUUCCCUUUCCUUCACUUCAUCUCUUUCUUCGAAACCACACAAAUAUGUAUUUCAUUAAAUCUAGAGUUAUGACUGUUGCAACAACACAAAUCGAUCGACUUCAUUCAUAUAGUCGAGUUGUGCUUCCUCAAAAAGAACUCAUAGCAAAGAAGAAGCUCUCGAAGUAGAGGCUAAUGGUGAGAAGAAGAAAUCGAGUAAGAGCAAAGCCAUGAGAAUCAUGAACAUAUCUAUAUGACUAGUGUAAGGACUUAUCAUAUCUACAUCUUCAAGUUCGGGUCCGUGGGGAUCAUGAGCAAAUGCGAUCCUAUACGACUGGCAUUGAGACUUACCCUAUCUAAAUCUUCUGGAUGAACUUGUGAAUCACGAUCCUAUAAAAUAACUUUUGAAAGUUUAAGCCAACUAUGCAGUUUUUAUCUAGGUCGAGUAGUUGGGAACCCGUUUAGAUAGAUGGGCAGAUAAGGAAUCUAAAUACCAAUAUUUAUUGACAUGUGGAUUAGUAAAAAUUAGGCCUCACCAUUUGGCCUGCGGAUCAAAGCUCGACCCAUGCCUGAAGUUAUAUUUGGCCUGGGCAGCCUGAUCCUAUACACGGGCAGGCUUGGGCUAGACUUUUGGGACCCAGCCCAGCCCAAAAAAAGCCCACUCUCUUUCACUGUUUCACUCCUCUCAUUUCUCUGGUUCUCUUUGUCUCUCUGGACUCUCUGUCUCUCAUCUCAACUCUUACUGUUACUUCAAUGCUUUUACCCGUUGAAGUCUUGCAGAGAGCCAAUCAACCAAGACCAGUCAUCACUCACCUCACCAGUCACCAGAGUAAUAGAGUCACCUGAAAAAGUCAGGCCGGGCCGGUUCGAUGCCGACCCCUUGUAAAGAUAAGAUUAUGAUUGUAUUUUGAUCAUUUACACACUUUUAUAAUUUACAUUUUUAAAAAAUUAAUUAUGAUUGUGUUUUCAUUGAAAUUAUAUUUUUAUCUCAAACAAAUAUCGAAUUGAUAUCAGAAAGGUAUUGGGUAUUUCAUGUUUAUUGCUGUACUUCUUCAUCUUGACUUGGAGGCUUCCACACACUUUCUAAGUAUUCGCAAUGACUUUUCUACUCUAUCGAGUAUCUAGCCUUCUUUCUAUAUCUAGCUUUUCUAUCCCCAGUCUUCAAUUUUCUUUCUAUCAGAAAGAUAUUGGGUAUUUCGUGUUUAUUGCUGUACCUUUUCAUCUUGACUUGGAGGCUUUCACGCACUUUCUAAGUCUUGGCGAUGGCUUUUAUACUCCUAUUUAGUAUCUAGCUUUCUAUCCCCAGUCUUCACAAUUCUCUCCAUUGUGAUUCUGCUCUGCAAAUCUACCUUCAUACUUUAUUCUCAACUUAAUUACCACUCUUAAUCUCUGAUUCCAUUUCCAGUCUUUGAUAACCCAUACUACAGAAUACAGAAGCUUGACAAAGAAAAUCAAGACAAAAGUAAGGAGAAUAAAACUUCUGGGAAAUGGCCGAGAAAGUUUUUUCCUAUGUUGCAGAGCACGGAGGGGAAAUGGCUGAGAAAGUUUUUUCCUUUGCUGAAGAGCUUGGAGGUGUAAAAUGGAUUAAACGUCAAAUUAGUUAUGUGUACAACUUCGAAAAAAAUGUAGCUAAUGUUAAAGAUCAACUCCCUAGUCUGAAACGUAAGAGAGAGAGAACGGAGCAUGCUGUUGAUGAUGCAACCAAUAGUAGAAAACUGGAGGUGAUUGAAGGGGACGUUGAACAGUGGCAGCAGAGCGAGGCAACAAUUAAUGAGAAAGCAGAACGUCUUUUCGAGGAAACAGAAAGGGCUAAGAGGAGGUGUUUGUUUGGGUUAUGUCCUAAUGUGAAGGCAAUGUACCAGGUUAGCAAGAAAGCUGAGGACUUAUCAAAGGCCGCAGUCAAUCUUCUGUUGGCACAGCAGUUUCCAAGUGUUUCAUAUCGUCCUGCUCCACAAGGAAUACGCUUUACAACCAUCAAGGAUUAUGAGACCUUCGAAUCAAGAGCAGGGAAUUUGGAAGAAAUUAUGAAUGCCUUAAAAGAUCCUAAUGUCAACAUGAUUGGUGUUUGGGGUACGAGUGGUGUUGGUAAAACUACUCUUGUGAAGAAAGCUGCUGAACAAGCCAAUGUAGACAUGAUUUUUGAUGUGAUGGUUUUAUCGGAGGUAUCUUCAAAUCCAGACUUGAGGAGGAUUCAAGGAGAAAUUGCAGAUGCCUUAGGCUUCAAAUUUCAGGUGGGGACAAUUUCUGGGAGAUCCAACCAAUUACGUGAACGUUUGUUGAAAGAAACAAAAAUUCUAGUGAUUCUUGAUAAUAUUUUGGCAACGCUUGAUCUGGAAGAGUUAGGAAUACCUUUCGGUAAUGGCCACAGAGGAUGCAAAAUAUUGAUGACAUCUAGAGAUGAGCAUUUAUUAACCGAGAUUGGUCCUGAUAGUUUGACGAUCAAGGUUGAUGCAUUAGAUGAUGGGGAGGCUUGGAAUUUAUUUGAAAAAAUGGCAGGGGAUGUCGUCAAACUUCAGUAUUUGCAUCCUAUUGCUAUUGAAAUAGCUAAAAGAUGUGGAGGUUCGCCAAUUUUGAUUAAGAAAAUUGCAAGAUGCCUGCGAAAUAAAAGGGAUUUACAUACUUGGAAAGAAGCCUUACAACAAUUAGAUUAGUUUGGAAAUGAUGAAUUUGAUGCACGAAUGUAUUCAGCUCUGGAGUUGAGUUACAAUCACGUGAGAAGUAAUGUAAUAAAACAGUUGUGCUUGCUUUGUGGUUCACCGUUAAAUACUAAUUAUAUGCCAUUGAGGAUU